AUGGCCCGGCAGCGGGCGCAGUACGAGCAGCUGCUGAAGCGGCUGGAAGCAGAGCGGCAGCAGCAGCAGCAGCAGCGGCAGAAGCAGCACGCGCGGGAGCUGCAGCUACACCAGGAGAAGCUGCAGCUGCAGCAGCAGCAGCACGAGCUGCAGCAGCAGCAGCAGGAGCUGCAGCAGAAGCAGCAGGAGCUGCUGCUGGUGGAGCGGAAGUUCAGCGAGCAGCGGGAGAGCAUCGAGCGGCGGCUGGCGGCGGAGCAGCAGGAGCUGCAGCAGCAGCAGCAGCUGCUGCAGCAGCAGCAGCAAGACUUCGCCCACAAAAAGGAAAACUGGUGCGCAGCAGCAGAACAAAAUCGCAGAGAAGCUCAUAAGGCUCAAGAGGCUCUUCGAAAAGAACAAAAAGAAAAUGAACAAAAAAGAAGACAGUUGGAUGAGAAGCAGCUGCAGCUCAUUCAAAAACAGGAGGCCCUUGACGCUGACCGCUACCAGCUAAAUGAAGAGAAGCUGCAGCUGCAGGAGCAGCAGUUUUCUUUGGACGCGACAAUGCAGCAGCUGCGCGCAGAGACGCAGGAGCUGGAGCAGCAGCAGCAGCAGCUGCAGCAGCGGGAGCAGCAGCUGAUGCAGCGAGAGCUCGAACUACAGCAGCAAGAAGCAGAGACAAACAACCUCCGGGCGCAGCUGCAGCAGCAAGAGGCGAGGCUCCAGGCGAGAGAAGACAGCCUGCGGCGGCAGCAGCAGCAGCAGCAGCAGCAAGAAGCAGAGCUGCAGCAGCAGCAGCAGCAGCUGGAGCAGCGAGAGGCCGAGCUGCAGCAGCAGCAAGAUCAGUUCCAAAGGCAACAGGAAUUACAACAGCAAGAACUGCAACAGCAGUAUGCGAAUCUGGAGCACGAGCAGCAGAUGCUGCAGCAGGAGCAGCAGCUGCUGCAGCAGCAGCAGCAGCAGCUGCAGCAUGAACAGCAGCAGCUGCAGCAGGAGCAGCAGCAGCUGCAGCAGCAGCAGCAGCUGCUGCAGCAGCAGCAGGAAGGUGUCAAGACCAAACAGCAGGAGCUGACGAGGGCUUUGGAGGAGGCUGCAGCAAGACAGAGAGAGGCGGAAGCAGCGAAGAGAGAGUGCAGCGCUGAGCAGCAGCAGCUGCAGCAGCAGCGCGAGGAGCUGCAGCAGCGUGAGCGUGAGGUGGAGGCGAAGGAGCAGCAGCUGCAGCAGCAGCAGGAGGAGGUGGAGCGGCAGCAGCAGCAGCUGUUGCUGCAGCAGCAGCAGGCGCAGCAGCAGCUGGAGGAGGAGCUGGCGGAGCGUCGGGAAGCGCUGGAGAAGGCGUUUGCAGAGCGGCAGCAGCAGCUGGAGGAGGAGCAGCAGCAGCAGCUGCUGCAGCAGCAGCAGCAGCUGUUCGCGGAGCUGCAGGAGGAGCGUCAGGCUUUGCAGCAGCAGCUGGACAGCCAGCUGCAGCGGCUGCAGGAGCAGCAGGAGGCCGCAGGGCGGGAGCGGCAGGAGCUGCAGCAGCAGCGGGUGCAGCAGGCGCUGAAGCAGCAGGAGCUGCAGCAGCAGCAGCAGGAGCUGCAGCAGGCGGCGGAGCGGCUGCAGCAAGAGGAGCGGGAGCUGGCAGCAGCGCAGCAGCAGCUGGCAGCGCAGCGGGAGGAGCUGGAGCAGCUGGAGCAGCAGGCGCAGCAGGAACUGCAGCAGGGGCAGCAGCAGCAGCAGGAAGCCCUGGAGGCGCUGCAGCGGCUGCAGCAAACCGAAGAAGACAUCAGCAGCCAGCAGCUGCAGCUGCAAAUGGCGCAGCAAUCUCUUCUUGCUGACAGAGAAGCUUUUACUCACGAAGCACUUCGUGCUGCUGAGGGCCGCAGGGCCCGCGAGCGGCAGCUGCAGCAGCGGGAGGAGCUGCUGCAGCGGCAGCAGCAGCAGCUGCGCGCCGAGAAAGCUGCUGUCGAGACGCUGCAGCGCAUCACCCAGCUCAGGGCCGGAGAAGCAGCAGCAAAAAUGAAACGCCUGCCGCUUUCCGCCGACAUUGCUGCUGCUGCUGCUCCCCCUCCUGCUGCUGCUGCUGCGCCGCCGCCGCCGCCGCUGCAGCAAGCCGCAGCAGCAGCGGCGGAAACCAGCAGCAAGGCCAGCAAGGGCGCCCACGGCAACCCGCCGAGGGGCAGCAGCAGCAGCAGCGGCAGCAGCAGCACCCGCAGCGGAUCCGUGGGCGGCAGCAGCAGCAGGCGCGGCAGCAGCGCCGAGGCCCGCGCACGACGAAUUGCUGCCGCUGCUGCUGCUGCUGGCACUGCAACAAACCCCACAGCAGGAACUGCGCCCGUCUCGGCGUCUUCUGCCGCGCAGCAGCGAAGGGCAGCAGCAGCAGCAGCAGGUGCAGCAGGAGCAGCAGGAGCAGCAGGAGACCAUGCAUCUCUUCCGGCAAGUGACAGCAGCAGCUCAGGGGCGAGAGGCCGCGGGCUGCAUUCUGCUGCAGGAGUUGUAGCAGCCCGACCAGCCCCGAAUAGCAGCAGCAGCAGCAGCAGCAGCAGCAGCAGCAAAGCGCCCUUCGUGCACCACUCGCCCUUCCUAGACGAGUGGCCUUUAGAAGACCUCGACGCAGCAACAGGUGCUUUGCGCGAGGCGGCUUCCGGAGCAGCAGCAACAGCAGCAGCAGCAACAACAGCAGCAACAACAGCAGCAGCAACAGCAGCUGGGUCCCCCAUAUCCGGCGGCAUCAGCCCGGCAGACACUUCACCCCCUUCCCGUGCCGCAGCAGCAAACGGCGGACCCGUAAGGAAUGUCGCUGCAGUUGGAGCCACAGGGAGAACUCUGGGGGCCCCUCAAAGCGCCCUCAGCCUGCCGCGGCCGUCAGCGUCUUUGCUGCAGCAGCAGCAGCAGCAGCAGCUGUACAGGCCCAACUCGAGCUCGCUGUCCCUUGCAGAGCGCCAAAGGCAGCAGCAGCAGCAGCAGCAGCAGCAAGACCGCAGCGGGGGGCUCCUAGGGGAUCGGCUGUCGGCUGCUUCUGGAAGCAGCAGAACUCAAAACCGGCUGACUACAGGCGAGAGCCUGCUGCUGCGGCAGCAGCAGCAGCAGCAGCUGCAGCCCAAAUCAGCUGGCAGCAGCAGGAGCCUCUCAAGUGUGUCUUCUAGUCUUCGGGGCCUCGUGCUGCAGCAGGAAGGCAGCAGCAGGCUGCAGCCGUCAGCAGCAGCAGCAGCAGCAAACGCUGCAGCAGCGUCUCCCGCGCCUUCUAUCCAGCAGCGCCUCGGCAGCGGCACUUCUCUGCUGCCAGGAGGGGACUGCCGCAGCAACAACAACAGCAGCAGCAGCAGCAGCAACGGGGCUGCUGGCAGCCUCGCGGCUCUCACGGAGAAGCGCAGGCAGCAGCAGCAGCAGCUGCACCACUCUAUCUGCCGCGAGCCACCGCAGCUAAGCAGCCGCACUUCAUCUUCGCAGCAGCAGCAGCAGCAGCAGCAGCAGCAGCGGCAGCAGGCGCUGGGUUCCCUCCGUGCUGCAGCUGCUGCUGCUGCAGGCGUAGGCAGCAGCAGCAGCAGCAGCAGCAGCAGCACCGCGGACGCCGCCCACGGGCGGGCCUCUGGCCUUUCUGUCAUAUCGCAUUUAUCUGCAUUUGAGUUUUCAGACUACAGGGGUCCCCUGGGGGCCCCCCUGGGGGGCCCCCCUGGGGGGCCCCUGGGGGGCCCCCCGGGGGGCCCCCUGAGUCUCGAGGGGGCAGCUGAAGAAUUUGCUGCUGCUGACUUUGAGGGUUUAGGGACUUCAGGGAGGCCCUCGUGA